GAAAGUAAAUGAACAGAGUUGAUGUUUCUCCGUUUAAACAACGAGGAAUAUCAAUGUGUUUUUAGAGGAACCUUUAUAAAAUAUCUUCCAUCCAGAGUCAGUGUUGGAGAUCAGAUUCUGUUUCAACUGUUCAGAUUCAUCAUGGAUGACACACAAACAUCCAGAGAUGAAGAUUUUGCUCCAGGAUUCAGUUCAGCUGAUCAGAAGAGAUCAGAACCAGAGCCCAGCUGUGUGUCUAUGAGGAGUGACGAGUCUAUGGAUCUGCCAAUAGAGUUUAAGAGUGAAGAUACACAGACUGAUCUCAGUUCAGUUGAUCAGAAGAGAUCAGAAUCAGAGUCCAGCUGUGUGUCUAUGAGGAGUGACGAGUCUAUGGGUCAUAAAAUACAUUUUUCGAGUGGAGAUACACAGACUGAUCUGAGCCAUGAAGUCCUCAACAGGUUUAGAUCAAAUCUGAAGAAGAAGUUUGAGUGUCUGUAUGAGGGAACAGCACAGCAGGGAAACCCAACACUCCUGAAUGAGAUCUACACAGAGCUCUACAUCACAGAGAGUGAGAGUGGAGAGAUCAGUAAUGAGCAUGAGGUGAGACAGAUUGAGACACAAUCCAGGAGAGCAGCAACAGAGGACACACCGAUCCAAUGCAAUGACAUCUUUAGACCUUUACCUGGACAAGACAAACCCAUCAGAACUGUGCUGACAAAGGGAGUCGCUGGCAUUGGAAAAACAGUCUCUGUGCAGAAGUUCAUCCUGGACUGGGCUGAAGGGAAAGAGAAUCAGGACGUCCAGCUCAUAUUUCCACUUCCUUUCAGAGAGAUCAAUUUGAUGAAGGACAAAACACUCAGUCUUUCUGAUCUUCUUCAUGCCUUUUUCCCUGAAACAAUAGAAAUGGAAAUAUCCAGUGACAAAUAUAAAGUGUUGUUCAUCGUUGAUGGUCUGGACGAGUGUCGUCUAUCUCUGGAUUUUCAGAGCGAUGUGAGGUUGUGUGAUGUAAGUGAAUCAGCCUCAGUGGACGUGCUGCUGACGAACCUCAUUGUGGGGAAUCUGCUUCCCUCUGCUCUCAUCUGGAUCACCUCCAGACCAGCAGCAGCUGAUCUCGUCCCCUCUGAGUGUGUCCAUCGAGUGACAGAGGUACGAGGCUUCAAUGAGCCACAGAAGGAGGAAUACUUCAGGAAGAGAAUCAGUGAUCAGAGUCUGGCCAAUACAAUCAUCUCACACCUGAAGUCAUCAAGGAGCCUCGACAUCAUGUGCCACAUCCCAGUGUUCUGCUGGAUCUCAGCCGCUGUUCUAGAGAAGAUGUUGAGCGAAGCAGAGAGUGGAGAGAUUCCCAAGACUCUCACUCAAAUGUACACACACUUCCUGAUCCUUCAGACCAACAUAAAUCAUGAGAAGGACUAUGAGAAGAACGUGACAGAUGAAGACAUGAUCCUUAAACUGGGGAAAGUGGCUUUUCAGCAGCUUGUGAAAGGCAAUGUGAUCUUCUAUGAGGAAGACCUGAGAGAGUGUGGCAUUGAUGUGACAGAAGCAUCAGUGUACUCAGGAUUGUGCACUCAGAUCUUCAGAGAGGAGUUUGGCUGGUAUCAGGGGAAAGUCUUCUGCUUUGUUCAUCUGAGCAUUCAGGAACAUCUAGCGGCUCUAUAUGUGCAUCUGUCCUGUACAAACAACAACAGAAAUGUGUUUGAUCAGAGUUUGCGGUCUAAAGUUAAGGAGAGGUUAAAACAUGUUUCAUUAUCUGAGCUGCAUCAGAGAGCUGUGAAUGAGGCUCUACAGAGUAAAAAUGGACAUCUGGACCUUUUCCUGAGGUUUCUUCUGGGUCUGUCAGUGGAGUCUCAUCAGAUUCUUCUACAAGAACUAAUGAAACAGACAAGAAGCAGAUCUGACAGCAUUGAGAAAACAGUUGAGUACAUCAAGAAGAAGAUCAGGUCCAUUGACUCUCCAGAGAAAUCCAUCAAUCUGUUCCACUGUCUGAAUGAACUGGGUGAUCAUUCACUAGUUGAACAAAUACAACAGUAUAUGACAUCUGGAAGAAUAAAGGGCGCCAAACUCUCUUCAUCUCAGUGGUCAGCUGUAGUUUUUGUGUUGUUGACAUCAGAGAAGAAGCUGGAUGUGUUUGAUAUUAAUACAUUUGUUGGAGGAAACGAUAAAGCUGAAGAUAUGAAAGUUUUUCAGAAGCUGCUGCCUGUGAUUAAAGAAUCCAGAUCAGUUCAGUAAGUAUCUUUG